AUGUCAACCUUCACCAUUUCUAACAACGGCGCCGCCUCAUGGUCACUCCCCCAGUUCAACACUUCCCACUUUCCUCACUCCUCACCCAUCAUUUUCCGCCACUCCCUCAUCCACGCGCGCGCCUUCAGAAUCCAGUGCGUCCCCUCCGAACCCCUCCUCCCAUUGCAACAAAUCACACAUGAUCAACCCUCUUUGGGUGGCGGUGGAGACGGCGGCGGAGGUGACGGUGACACCGGCGACGGUGGUGGAGGAGACAGAGACGGAGGAGGAGAUGAAGAGUUUGGACCCCUUUUGAAUUUUGAAGCGGUUAUGAGAGAAUCGGAAGCUCGUGGCGUGAAGCUGCCUCCGGAUAUGGUGGAGGCCGCCAGGAUCAUCGGCAUUCGGGAAAUGUUUCUUCUUCGUUACUUGGAGUUGCAGGGUUCGUCUUGGCCUCUAUCUUUUCUGAUGCAGCAUUGUUCCAUGCUGAGAAAUCGAAUGCUCGCGGACCCUUCAUUUCUUUUCAAAGUUGGAACCGAGAUUGUUAUAGACUCUUGCUGUGCAACAUUUGCAGAGGUUCAGAAAAGGGGCAAGGAUUUCUGGGCUGAAUUUGAGUUGUAUGCUGCUGAUCUUCUGGUUGGAGUGGUUGUUGACAUUGCUUUGGUGGGUAUGUUAGCACCCUAUGCUCGAAUUGGCAAGCCUUCUCUGUCAAAAGGUUUACUUGGACAAAUUCAACAUGCUUGUGCUGCUCUUCCUAGCAGUGUUUUUGAAGCUGAAAGGCCAGGAUGUAAAUUCUCUGUGAUGCAGCGCAUUGCUACAUACUUCUACAAGGGUGCAUUGUAUGGAUCGGUUGGAUUUGGAUGUGGUAUUAUUGGUCAAGGAAUUGCAAACAUGAUCAUGAAUGCCAAAAGGAGCAUUAAGAAAUCUGAAGAUGACAUACCCGUGCCUCCUCUUCUGCAAAGUGCUGCUCUUUGGGGAUUCUUCCUUGCUGUGUCAUCCAACACCCGUUAUCAAAUUAUCAAUGGACUAGAAAGCCUUGUUGAAGCAUCUGUGGUGGCAAAGAGGGUCCCACUUGUGGCAAUGGCAUUCACUGUGGGUGUGCGAUUUGGCAACAACAUCUAUGGUGGCAUGCAGUUCGUUGACUGGGCCAAAAGGAGUGGAGUACAAUGA